AGUUUCUGUAGCUAUUUCCUUUCUCUCCCAACACGAAGCAUCUCUCUCUCUCUCUCUACACAUUCUAUAUAGCAAACUAACUAGUACUCACUGAGCUUCCCCAUUACUUCUCACUCUCUUCCACUUCACAAACACAACACACUCACUCGUAGUUGAAAUGGAGCGGGCCAAACUCAAGCCCAUCUACAGACCCCCAGAGACUCCAUUGGAGCCAAUGGAGUUCCUCUCCCGCUCUUGGAGCGUCUCCGCCUUCGAAAUCUCCAAAGUCCUAGCUCCCCACCACCCCCCUCCCAAAGCCCACCCCGAUCACCGCCGCCCCGCCCCCGCCGAUAUCAUAUACGAAGACGUCUCCGCCGAGCUCGAGGAAUCCGCCGCCGCCACCGUCUCCGGCAACCCCUUCUCAUUCGCUUCUUCAGAAACUUCCCAGCUCGUCAUGGAGCGCAUUAUGUCUCAAUCGCAGGAGGUAUCACCACGCACUUCUGGAAGGCUGUCUCACAGCAGUGGCCCCCUCAAUGGUGGCUCUCUCACUGACAGUCCACCAGUCUCCCCCUCUGAAUUAGAUGAUCUCAAGGCUUGUAUGCAUCAAUACAAUCGAGUAAAUAUUCCGGUGAGCAAGCCGUACAAGAGCGGCGUGGUCGGUGGCGGCGCCGCGGCGCCGAGCGGCGGAGGGAGGACCGUGGGGCGGUGGUUGAAGGAUCGGAGGGAGAAGAAGAAGGAGGAGGCGAGGGCGCACAACGCGCAGCUCCACGCGGCCAUCUCCGUCGCCGGGGUGGCGUCCGCCGUCGCCGCCAUUGCGGCUGCGACGGCUGCGUCGUCCGGGGCGGGGAAGGACGAGAUCAUGGCUAAGACGGACAUGGCCGUGGCGUCCGCUGCCACGCUGGUGGCCGCACAGUGUGUCGAGGCAGCCGAGGCGAUGGGGGCCGAGCGCGACCAUUUGGCCUCGGUCGUGAGCUCGGCCGUCAAUGUCCGAUCGGCCGGUGAUAUCAUGACCCUUACGGCCGGGGCUGCCACCGCUCUACGUGGAGCUGCCACUUUGAAGGCGAGGACGUUGAAGGACGUGUGGAACGUUGCAGCCGUGGCGCCUCUGGACAAGGGGACGGGGCUCGUUGGUGGUGGCAAUGGCGGGAGCAAUGGCAGUUCGAGUGGCAGCUUCAGCGGCGAAUUCAUCCCCGAAGAGAACUUCCUCGAGAUAUGCAGCAGAGAGCUCCUCGCGAGAGGCUGCGAGCUCUUGAAGAGAACUCGAAAGGGCGAUCUUCACUGGAAAGUAGUGUCAGUUUACAUCAACAGAAUGGGGCAGGUGAUGCUGAAGAUGAAGAGUAGGCAUGUAGCUGGGACAGUCACCAAAAAGAAAAAGAAUGUGGUGUUGGAGGUGCUCAAGGACAUCCCGGCGUGGCCCGGGCGCCACCUCCUCGAGGGCGGCCCCGACCGGAGGUACUUCGCGUUGAAGACGGUGGGGCGAGGCGUCGUCGAGUUCGAGUGCAAGAAUCAGAGGGAGUACGAUGUGUGGACCCAUGGAGUGUCUAGACUACUCACAGUUGCUGCAGAGAGGAACAACAACAAGCAUAGGGUUUGAUGUUUUUGCCUUUGUGGUUUAGUAUAGAAAAGAUAUGUGCCUCUCUUUUGGAAUUCUAACAAUUUGGUAAGGAAAUUCAAAAUUGGUAGGGGAAAAAAAGGUGUUUGAAGUUAUAAUCCAAAUGGGAUUGGUUCACUUUAGUUGUUAUUUUGGAGGAAAUGUAGUUUUUGGGAUUGUGUGUUUGAUUUUGUAAUAUUAAAGAGUAAAGUGAAGGAAAGAUAGUGAAAGCAUAUGUGAUCUAA